CUUUAUCAACAACACCUACUGAUCUCGAAGUCGAAAGUACGAAGCGCGUCACAACAAGGCAUCAGACCUACCGGCACCAUGAUCUCCUUCCUACGGGCCCCUCACCCACCUAAGACAAACCAGGCCUCCACAGACCUCACCGUCUACGAGAAUGGUGCCUCAUCAGUCCAAUACCACCCAAAAGGCUCCAAACACACAAUGACCCACACACUCCCACCACGUCUCCCCGACGAGAAAGAACCUUCUGUUCUGCAACCUCCAUUCCACUACCACAUCUACCAGAAAGAAACCUUUCACGUCAUCCAAGGCACCGCAAACCUCUUCUACGGCCUGGACCCGCUCCCUCACGCCGUCCUCAAAGCCACUGGCCCCAAAACUACAGUCACUUUACCACCAAAACGCUAUCAUCGUUUCGAAAAUGCCAGCGAGACAGAAGAAUUGAAAAUCAACAUCUCACUCGAUCCGGAAGACUACGAGAAUGAAAGUCGAUUUUUCCGAAACUUUUUUGGGUAUCUGAAUGAUUGUAAACGAGCAAAACAGGCUCCGUCGAUUUUUCAGUUGUUUGUGUUUUUGUGGAGUAUAGAUGUGCCGUUGGCUAUUCCGAUGCCGUUUGGGUUGGAGACGUUGGGGGUUUAUGUUAGUUGGGCUGUUAUGUUGCUUGUUGCUUGGGUGGGGCACUAUGGCUUGGGGUAUAAGACGACUUAUCCGGAGUAUUAUGAGGAGAAGAAGGGGAGGUAGUGAUGUAGAGGCUUUGGAUAGCUGUUCUU